CACCUUUCAACCCCCAGAGAAGAGGAAAAUCUCUCAGCAGCAACAUCUUGUGGUCGUCGUCGUCGUUCCGUGAUCAUCUUUCUUCAAAUUUAGGGCAGAAAAGUACGUAUUCCUGUCGAAAAACACGAGCUAAAACACCGCCGCUAUGCCAGGAUUCAUGUUCAACAUCGAUGGGGGUUAUCUGGAAGGCCUGUGCCGUGGCUUCAAGUGCGGAAUCCUGAAGCAGUCGGAUUAUCUCAAUCUGGUCCAGUGCGAAUCGUUGGAAGAUUUGAAGCUGCACCUGCAGGGAACCGAUUAUGGACAAUUCCUGGCCAACGAGCCCUCACCGCUGGCUGUUUCGGUGAUCGACGACAAACUACGUGAGAAACUGGUCAUUGAGUUCCAGCAUAUGCGCAACCAUGCCGUAGAGCCGCUGUCCACCUUCCUGGACUUCAUCACCUACAGCUACAUGAUCGACAACAUCAUCCUGUUGAUCACGGGAACACUCCACCAGCGUCCGAUUUCGGAACUAAUUCCCAAGUGCCACCCGCUGGGAAGCUUCGAGCAGAUGGAAGCCAUCCACGUGGCCGCUACUCCGGCCGAGCUGUACAACGCAGUGUUGGUGGACACCCCACUGGCCCCCUUCUUCGUCGACUGCAUCUCGGAGCAGGAUCUGGAUGAGAUGAACAUUGAAAUCAUCCGUAAUACGCUGUACAAGGCGUAUCUGGAGGCGUUCUACGAUUUCUGCAAGAACAUCGGUGGAACCACUGCCGAUGUAAUGUGCGAGAUCUUGGCGUUUGAAGCCGACCGUCGCGCCAUCAUCAUCACGAUCAAUUCGUUCGGCACCGAACUUUCGAAGGACGACCGGGCCAAGCUGUACCCACGCUGUGGACGUAUGCACCCGGAUGGGUUGGCCGCCCUUGCCCGUGCCGAUGACUACGAACAGGUCAAGGCUGUUGCCGAGUACUACGCCGAAUAUGCGGCUUUGUUCGAUGGCUCCGGCAACAAUCCCGGAGACAAAACGCUGGAGGACAAGUUCUACGAACACGAGGUCAAGCUCAACGUUUAUGCUUUCAUUCAGCAGUUCCACUUCGGUGUGUUCUAUUCAUAUCUGAAGCUAAAAGAACAGGAGUGCCGCAACAUCGUCUGGAUUGCCGAGUGUGUGGCCCAGAAGCACCGUGCCAAGAUCGACAACUACAUCCCGAUCUUCUAAGAGGAAUGAGAAACAUUAUUGGGUGUAAGAAUAAAAUUAAAGAAAAAAACAGCAACGGUUGAGCGCAAAUACAAGCGAUUCAGAUACAUUUAAUCGUAAAGUGUAAAACAACAUUCCUACCCAUAUACAUUUUCCAUUUCGCUCUGCUUCAAAAUUUAUCUAUGAGGCAAACUAAAAAAAUGAAAUCCGCAUCAAGUAUUACGAUAAAGUUUCGUUUCUCACCAUCCAAAACAAAAAAAAACACGUGAAAGUGUCCACUUUAAAGCUGUUUUUAUGUGAAGAACUUUUGUUGUUCAAGAACGUGUCAUAGGAAGAAACCACCAACUUCACCAAAACUGCUGUUUCUGUUAGUUAUGUUUUAAGACCUUCGAUCGGUUCCGCUGCCGCUAGAAGAAAAUUGAACAACAAACUGUUUUCGUUUUGAACAAAAACUAUUCUACUGAUAUCAAUCACACGCAAAAUAUUCACUUAAAAAUCAUGGUUCUGUAUGAUAUGUGUUAAUAAUAUACUAUAUAUGAAAACUA